AAAAGAGAAUUUAAAAAAAAUGACAAUUCUUUGGAGCAAAUCGUCUGUAUGGCGACUUCUGCUACUCCCGAGUUAACUGAACACUUGCAUGCUAUUUACAUAAAGCAAACACCUGAAUCAUAGAUCUAAAUCAUGACUUUUCCGUAUUGUGACCACAGUUAUUACAAAGAGAUGUUGGAACUUCAAGAAAAAUUACGGAAAAGUGAAGAAGAUAGAAUUCGACUGGAGGAACGUUUCAAUUUUAUGGAGCUAGAAUCUCGUACGAGACAUGAGGCUUGUAUAAACAAAUUGCGGAUGCGGUAUAUCGAGUUUCUUGAAGAACAAAGGUUACGGGAUGAACGCAAUCAUAAACUUAUAGACGCUUUAGAUAAAGUUGAUUCCAGUUUAGCUUUGAUGAGUGCGAAAACGGAUAAACUUCAUACUUUGAAAAGAGAGUAUGAAGCUUCAUUACUACGAGCACAUGCAAAUCAAAGAGUCGCUAAUAGUUUAGCUGGUGACAGUGGAGUGAUGAGUCAAGACGAAGAUAGGCUGACAAAAAAAGAAACAUUAAAUAAAUUAAAAAUUACUUCUGCACCUCUUUACAAUUAUGAAGAAAGAUUAAAAACAACUGAAUCAUUCAAAAAUCAUUACAAACCAGUUGGUACUUUAAAACAAAUAUCUCCUCGAACACUAUCAUCAUCAUUGUUAUUUAAACCUUCAGUUCAUAGUGAGCCAUUAUUACAAAAUAGAUUGACUCCUUCUGCUGAUUAUCAAAGAAAUCUUGAAUCUAAAUAUACCGUUGAACAAUCUCCAAUCCAUACUUGGAAAAAUGAUUACACCGUUGACUUGAACGACUUUUAUAAACGAGAUCUGAGAAAGAAUUUAAUAGCUAGAGAGUCAUCAGCUUUUCGAUAUUUAGAUCCUCCAAAAACUCCUCAAACGUCUAAAUUUAAAGAUUUAUUAUCAUCUAUGCCUAAUCUUAAAGAAAACUAUGUUGAAAAUGUAAAUGAUGAUUUAGCAAGCUAUAUAAAUAAAAUUCGCAAUCUUCACACUAAUCAUGAUCAAAGUCUUGAAGAAGUUGAUCAUGAACAAAAUACAAGUGGAGACUUAUUAAACGUGACAUUGUCAGAUGAUGGUCUUGAUCACUUGCCAGUUGAAGAAAGAAAAGAAAAAAUCAUAUUGCCAGAAGUUAAUCACGGUUUAGCUAUAGCUGAUGAUUUAGUUUCUAAAAUUGUUGACAAAGGUCAUACAGAAAAUUGUUCAAAGGACUUACCAUCAUCUAAGUCUCAAGAAAAUGAUAUUCCUGGAUCACUUAAUGUUAUAAAACCAAUUAAUCCUUCAACAUUAAUUCACUCCACACUUUUUGAUUCAAAUAUAAAAUCAGUCGUAUUACCAGAGAAAUCCGAACUCAUGAAGGCUAAAGUUGAUGAUAAUAUUGCAACACAAGUCAUAAAAUUAGAUCAACCGAUUGAAAAUACUGUUCUCGAGCAAUCUCAAAAAAAUGACGAUGCUAAUAUUCAUGUGGAAUCGGAGAAAGAAAAUAUUCAUGGAGAUGAAGAAAAAUUUAAUUCACAAGAUAACAAAUUGAAUGAUGUUCCUGCAAAUUGUUCUGUAAAAUCAGAAAAAACCGAGAAAGAUUUCCAACUUACUCCUAAUCUCCAACAUCCGAGUAUCGAGAAUGUAGAAAAGCAGGUGGAAGAAAUAUUUAUUGAUGAGACAUCUAACUUGAAUAAUUUUACACAACCAGCCAUUCAAACUGCAAAUUCUUUGCUAAGCAUUCAUAAUUCUGCCAUAAACAAUGAAAAAGAUCAAAUGAAAGCUGAAAAUGAAGGAUUACUUUUAGAAAACAAUGAAGACGCCGUCAGUGUAAAUGAUCAAAUGAAAAAUAAUACAGAAGCAGUCAAAAAUCUCAAUGAACCUCAUGUUGAAAGUAAUGAAGAAAAUAUUCUAGAAGCUUAUGAACCAGGCGAACGAAUGCCUCAGGACGUUGAUCAAGGAUAUGAGUACAAUCAAGAACAAUAUCAAACAGAAGUUAAUCAAGAUUAUCAAUAUGAAACACAGGAACAAUAUAUAGAAAAUACAGAUGGACAUUAUCAGUAUGAACCGUAUGGAGAGUACAUGAAUGACCCUAAUGCUCAAUAUCAAGAUCCUAAUUUCAAAUUUAAAGAUCAACAAUAUAGCAAUAAUGAGAAUCAACAAUAUAAUGAAGAUGAACAACAUGUUCAGGAUGAAAAUCAACAAUAUAUAGAAGAUCCCAAUCAACAAUAUCAAGAAUAUUCUCAAGCCCCUAAUCAAGCUUAUCAACAAGAAACUUACGUGCAGGAUCCAAAUCAGGUCUAUGAUCCAAAUGAUUACAAUUAUUCUAAUCAAGAUGAAGCCUUUUACCAGAGUAAUGCAUAUCCAGAAAAUCAAGUAUAUUCUGUAAAAGAAAAUCAAGCGUAUCAAGAAGAGAAUCAAGCAUGUCAAGAAGAAAAAAUUGAUUCUGAAAGUAAUGAAAAAGUUGAAGAUGGUCUAGUAGAAAAAUCAAAUACCAAAGCCAAUAAUAAUGAAUAUGCAGAAAAUCAAUCUAUCGAUGAAACUAGCGAAAAAGAUAAUACUCUUACAAAUGAUAAUGUUUCCAAGAAACAGAAUGAUGACAUUCAAACAAUUCGAGAGUCAGAUACAGACAGUACCAUGGAAGUAAAUGCAUCUAAUACUGAAAAUGAAUUUGAUUUCAAUUAAACUAUUAAGUUUUCUAUUAAUCGGCUCAAAUAAAAAUCUAUUUUACAUACUGAAUCAAAGAGAAAUAUAUCAAAGAAUACUUUUAUUAAGGACAUUAUAUGAUAAGAUACAAAAGUUGUUUGAUCUAUAAAAGAUUAAGACUAUCAUCGUGUGUAGGGGAGAAAAGCCUCAAGAUCAAAAGAAGAAUUUAGCACAAUAAAAAAUGUGAUUAAUAGAUUCAAAGUCCAUUUAAGACUUAGAUAAAGGAAAGUUUUUAAUUUUAAAAGUGAUUUGUAUUGAAUUAAAUGAGUUUACUUAUAAAUUAUUCUG